AUGGCAAACAAGAUACUGAAGCCAUACCUACGAAAGUUUGUAUUGCAAACACAUCCUGACUUCUUUCACCAUGAUAAACUGAGGAAAACGACAAAUGCUGCGUCAUUGCAGUCCCUGUAUGAUGUUCUGCAGCCAUCCACAACCACAUCCAAGCAACCGAAAUCCACCGUCAAACUCGAAUUCUUCAUCAAGGGGCAAAAGAAAAAGGACAAACCCACAGUUUCCAGCAUAUUUCGUAGUCGAGAUUCUGACUGGGAUAAAGCCGCCUCAUUUUUCAAAUUAUGUCAACAAGCAAAUAUUGCUGUUUUACCUACUGAUUUGGAAAUGGUGCAAGACAUGGUGAAAAAGCAAUCUCUCAAGCACGAAUCAGUCCCUAAAUACAAAUCAUUGACAAAGGAAUUUGCAGAGAAACUGCAUAAAGAACAAACAUCUACACUAUCAAAGCAAGAUUGGACCGAUAAAGACAUUGUACAUCAGUCUUUAAUCAUGUUUGAUCCUUCUGUCGAUAAAAAAUUGACAGCUUCAAAAUUGAGUCAGUGGUUACCUCAGUUACAGCCUCAGAUAUGGUGGGGUAAGAUACCAAUGCUGAUAUUGGCACAUACCUCCGAGCAACCUCCCAAGGAACUGACUAAAGGAAUACUGGUGAUACGAAAUGAUAUGGAGUUGCAAGAUAUACAGCGUUACUUGGAAGCCAAUCUGGAUGAGAUCAUGAAAGAAUCAUCCAUGCAACAAUAA